GCUCGACUCCAGGACGAAGAAGAUCACUUUCAUGGCGGCCAAGGUGGCCUUGGUGGCCGUCCCAGCGGUGCUGGGUCUAGCCUCCGUCCGUGUGUACACUGUGAGCGAAGCGCCUCCUGGUGGGCUGGUGUCUCGAGAUGGGCUGAACAUCUAUGCACCGCUGCCAGAGGCUGCUCGGGCUCCGUUUCUUCCUGAGAGUCCGGGAGUUGUCGAAAGAGGCUUGACUACAGCCAGAGAGGGGGUCCUACCGUUACUCCAGGCUGUCAAGGGUGCCUGUGUCUCAGUAAAAAGGGGAAGUUUUAAUCUUUACCAUGCAGGAGAGGAUGCAUAUUAUUAUUUAUUAGACCCGCCCCCAGGGUUUCUACCCAGAUUUGGUACCAUCACCAUGGCUGGCCUGCUGGGCAUGUUCUUGGCACGACGAGGCUCUCGAUUCAAGAGGUUUGUUGUUCCUCUGAGUCUGAUGAGUGCCGGAGCGUCUGUUUGCUACCCAGCUCAAGCAGUGGCCGUGCUUAAGGUGACAGGAAAGAAUGUGUACGCUGCAGGACAGUGGAGCCAUGCUACAGCAUCCUCUCUGCUCUCCACCAUGAAGGCCACUGCCAAACAGACACAGUCUACUGCAGCAUCGAGUCCAGGCUCUUCGGCUCAGAGCUUUACGGUCCCGGAGAACCAAGGGGAAUCAGCCGAGUCUGUUUCUGAUGAGAUGUUUGUCGGCGUCACCGCAGAGGAGGAGUCAGCAUCACUGACAGAAAUAUCUGCCAUCCAGGCCUCGACAGAGACUGGCUCAGGUUCUUUUGGCGAGUCAAUUCCUGUCCAAGCAGAAGAUCCUUCUUUAUCCAAGGAGGUGGUUUCUGUUGGAACCAAGGAAGGCUCAGAUAGAAAACAAGCAGCAGACGAUGGUUCUGACACAAGGACAGCUGAACAUAUGUCAGACCUAGAACUGGAGACUGUUCCAGGACCAGUUGUUGAAUCAGCUGAACCUGCAGCUGAACUUGAGUCAGCCCCUGCUGUGGGGGCGACACCGACCCUCACCCCAACUCCUCUUCCUCAGCAGCCCACUGCAGAAAACAGCAAUGAGAGCUCUGCUUUCAAGCCAGACCCUGCCCUCUUGGACUUUGGCCAGUCCAGUCCCGAGGAUGAAGACCUGUACAGCACUCGCAGCUGAGCGACCACCACCAGCCGCAGAAGAAACCACAUCCCCAUCUUGCUAUUUCAUAUCUGAUCAAAAUGACAAACGCUGCAUCGUUAUGUAAACAAGCAGUCUCCGAAACGCUUUAAUCAACAUUUCCAUUCUCAUUCCAUCUGCCCACAGUGCUUACAUUUCCUCAAAGACAUCCAGUACAACAGCACUGUAGCAGCAGUCAGAUGAACUCCGUUAUGCAUACAUGGAUCUGUAUAAAAAGUAAAAGCUGGGGAAAGGAACAUUCUCAGAUAUGUUGAAAUGAGAAAUGGCAGAUUGUGGAACAGUUUGUGUUUGUAUAAAAUUAACAGUUUCUGGCUAUUGUGCUAAAUCUUCCAAAAAAACAAAAAAA